AGCAGUUGGGACUCCCCGCCUGACUCGGACGUAAUAACGGAAGUGAGCGGGCUCGGCUCUAACAGACAUGGCGUGUUUGCUAGCUAGUAGCAACAGAAGCUCAACAAUGUUUUCUUUUAUAAAACAUCGCUCAUGGAUUUGCUGUUUGUUCCUGGUGGUGUUUUUAACGCCGCUUCCAGUCUCGGCAAAGCAGGACAGUCUCAGAGAAGUGACCGACGGGACCUGGGAGGAAAUCCUGACAGGAGAAUGGAUGAUUGAAUUCUACGCGCCCUGGUGCCCGGCGUGCCAGCAGCUCCAGCCGGCGUGGAAGGAGUUCGCGGACUGGGGGGAGGACAUGGGGGUCAACAUAGCCAAGGUGGACGUGACAGAGCAGCCCGGUCUGAGCGGGAGAUUCAUCAUCACUUCACUUCCUACUAUUUACCACUGUAAAGACGGCGUCUUCAGGAAGUACCAGGGCGCUCGCACCAAAGACGACUUCCUCAGCUUCGUGGACGAGCAGAAGUGGAGUGCGGUGGAGCCCAUCUCCUCCUGGUUCGGCCCGUCUUCCUUCCUAAUGAAUUCCAUGUCGGCUCUGUUCAAGCUCUCGAUGUUUAUCCGGCGUUGUCACAACUACAUGACGGACCAGCUGGGGAUUCCUGUGUGGGGGUCUUACGUCAUCUUCGGCCUCGCCACGCUGUUGUCCGGCCUGGCGUUGGGACUGCUGCUCGUGUUCAUCGCAGACUUUGCGUUCCCCUCACGGCGCUUUUCUUCUUCGGAUUAUUACCAGAAGAAGCAGACUCUGGAGCAGGCGCGGCUAAUCCAGCGGCAGGAGGACGAGCACGAGGCCGACGGCGAGGAAGACGACGAUGAUGAGGAAGAAGACGACGACCAGGACGAGGUGUGGAGGAGGAGGAGGAGGGGCUCCCCCGAGGGCCGCCCGGAGCCAAAGGGACUCCCCGAUGAAGCUCUGAGGAAGAGGGUGGUGGGCAACCGCGAGGCGCAGGACGAGGACGACGAAGAAGACGCUUAGAGACUCUCGUCCUCGUCUAGAGAGGAGCGUCGUGGCGUCGGAGCAGCAGCAGUGUUUACAGUAGGGAGUCCCCGCCCCCCCCCUCCUCAGAAACACCUCGCUUCUUUCCUUCUCCCUCGUCUCUUAACGGGAGCUCUUCAGACUCUCCACCUGAGCAGCCGGCUCCACCUGGAGGAAGCAGAAACACUCCGUGUCCACGUGCGGCGAGGAGACGCCGCCUGAGGUUUAGGUAUGAGGUGCGGGCCAGCUGGAUUCUGCAGCGUUGUUUGUGUUAUGCAUCGUUUUUUAAAGAUAUGUGUUUUAUUUUCUCAUUAUUAUCCCGGCGUGUUGUUCCUGCUCAGCUGAUGUCUUCAUCCUGUCUGUUUGUUGUUUUACUCCCACCGUCUUCAGUGUGGCGUGAAAAAGCCCCAAAGUGUUUGUAACGAUCGACUCCCGGCGACACCUUCCUGUCCCUCCUUCACAAUAAAGCUCCGCUGCGUUUCUCCAGGUGGAUGCUUUUAAUGUGAAGGAGCAGCAGAAGGAAACGUGUUGGAAGCAGCUUCCUGUGACUCGUGUCCUGCAGACGUUAAUGAGGAAACAUUUAAAGACGUCGGCUCCACUUUGAGAAAUCUGUAAAAAUACAUUAUAAAAUAAAGUUUGUAGAAACCAAACUGUUUAUCGAUUCAGUUAGAAAGUAAUCGGCAGAUCAAUCAUAUCGCUAAUAAAGACGGAGAAGUCUCCCUGGAUGGUAAUCAGGUCUUCAUUUCAUGAAUCGUACGGAAUAAACCUUUAGAUCUCCGUCAGUGCGUCACGGGAACGCUCCGGUACGACGCUUGAUUUACUUUGUACUAAUGUUUACGUGUGAUUCUCUAAUUAUUAAAGGACGUUUGAUUAAAGAGCCUGAUGUCUGCAGAACAGUGUUUGCAUGCUGAGAACAGGAACAAAGUGGGGACAUUUUUAUACAACGUUAAACUCCGAGAGGGGGGGGGGCUUUAAUCUUCUUUAAAUACUUUAUUUAAUCUUUUUAUGCUCAAAAUGUCAAAAAUAAACCCUAACUUUU